AUUACUAAAACCGAUUUGCUUUUUUAACCUCACCAGCCACGAAAAAAUUGCUAACAACACCGCCUGAAAAACCUUAGUUUAAGUCUCUGUUCUGACUUGUGAAAGUUGAGAAUUCCAAAUUGAGAGCGAUGAAGAGAACCAGAACGGGGAAGGUAGACACCUUCUUCUCCUUCUGUAGACAACGAUCCUUUCAUAUUCUCAUCAUCAUCGCUCUUUUCUACCUUCUUUUAUUCACUCUCGAAAUGCCCUUCGUUUUCAGAAACGCCGUCACGCGCUCCGAAAGACACGCGCUUGAACAACAGGAACGACUCCAACCCAGUCAGACUCACCAACUCACUCGCCUCAAUGGUAAUAAUAAUAGUAAUUUAAUCCUCUCCGGUUUAAUCCUAAACGACGCCGCAUUCGAUUCCGAAGUUUACAAAUCAGCGUAUAUAGUUGGGAACAGGGUUUGGAACGAGCUUCAAAACGCGAACACGCCAAUUCAAAGCGUCGUCGUUUCGAAACCCGAAAAUAAAUCCGGGUUAUGUCCGCAAUCGGUUUGGGUUGCCGGGUCGGAUUUUUAUGGGAAUAAGAGUUUGAUGGUGAUACCUUGUGGGUUGACGUUAGGGUCUCAUAUAACGGUGGUUGGGAAACCGUUAGGGAAAGGGAAAAAGUGUCAUUUUGUGAUGGAGUUGCAGGGUUUGAAGAGUGUUGAAAGUGAGGAGGAACCACCUAGAAUAUUGCAUUUCAAUCCUAGGUUGAGAGGUGAUUGGAGUGGUAAACCUGUAAUUGAGCUUAAUACUUGUUAUAGGAUGCAAUGGGGUUCUGCUUUGCGUUGUGAUGGUUGGAAAUCUAGGGCUGAUCAAGAUUCCGUUGAUGGGCUGGUGAAGUGUGAGAAGUGGAUUGGGGGAGAUGAUAGGCAAGCAGAACAGUCUAAAUCAGAAUGGUGGUUGAAGAGACUCAUAGGUCGUACAAGAAAAGUAACAGUCGAUUGGCCAUUCCCAUUUUCUGAGAACAAGCUAUUUGUUCUUACUCUUAGUGCUGGUUUGGAGGGCUAUCAUUUUAAUGUUGACGGGAGGCAUAUCGCCUCUUUUCCUUAUCGCACUGGGUUUACUCUUGAGGAUGCUACUGGACUCACUUUAACUGGAGAUAUUGAUGUCCAUUCUAUAUAUGCCGCCUCCUUGCCUUCGACGCAUCCUAGUAUUUCUCCACAGCAGCAUCUUGAUUUUUCAACCAGAUGGCGUGCCCCAUCACUACCUGACUCUGGCGUGGAAUUGUUCAUCGGCAUCCUCUCAGCUGGAAACCAUUUUGCUGAGAGGAUGGCUGUGAGAAAGUCGUGGAUGCAGCAUAGCCUUAUCAAAUCUUCAGAAGUGGUGGCUCGUUUCUUUGUUGCACUGCACCAGAGAGUAGAUAUUAAUGCAGAGUUGAAGAAGGAAGCAGAAUUUUUUGGUGAUAUUGUUAUAGUGCCUUACAUGGAUAACUAUGACCUUGUUGUGUUGAAAACAGUUGCUAUAUGUGAAUAUGGGGUUAAUACAGUGUCCGCGGAGUAUAUCAUGAAGGGUGAUGAUGAUACAUUUGUGAAAGUGGAUGCUGUUAUAAACGAAGUUAGGAGUGUUCCGGAUUCUAAGAACUUUUAUAUUGGGAAUAUGAAUUAUCACCACAAACCCUUGCGCCAUGGUAAAUGGGCUGUGACGUACGAGGAGUGGCCAGAAGAGGAUUACCCACCAUAUGCUAAUGGACCGGGGUAUAUUCUGUCUUAUGAUAUUGCAGACUACAUUGUUUCUGAAUUUGAGAAGCAUAAAUUAAGGUUGUUUAAAAUGGAAGAUGUGAGUAUGGGAAUGUGGGUAGAACAAUUUAACAGCACAAAAGCAGUACACUAUUCGCAUAGCUUAAAGUUCUGCCAAUUUGGUUGUAUAGAAGGCUAUUAUACAGCCCAUUAUCAAUCUCCAAGGCAGAUGAUGUGCCUCUGGGAUAAAUUACAGCGGCAUACACAUCCUGAAUGCUGCAACAUGAGAUGACAAAGUGGUAUUAGGCUCUCCAUCUUUGAAUUCAUAGAGAGAGGAACAACGGAAACAAGUUUUGCAGCCAUAGCUUAGCUUCGACAGUUGUAUAUACAGCGGAGCUCAGAUAGAAACCUUAGCCCCUGUAAAAAAUGGCCUUUUAAAUUCCAUUAUUUAUAUAUUCUUUUGUUUAGAAAUUUUCAUUGCUUAAUUGAUAUACAUACCUGGUUAUUUCAUCUUUCCCUUUAUAGGUGGUCAUUUGUUUUGGGAAGUGGGAAGCCGCGAACAUAUUGCUAAGUGAAAUUAUAUAAAACACUUUUUUUAAAA